AAACAGCUGUAACCUGAAAAUCUACGACCACAAAUCGAAAAUCAAAUAAUUGCCGUGUGCAAUCAAUUAAAAUGGCCUCAACUAUUCGCAUUGGUUUUGGGCGAAUUUUGUGCGUAUCGCCGAGCACUGCCACCGUGCACCACAUUGGCGCACGAUGCAUUUCUAGUAAAGCCACUAUGGCCCUUAACAAGAGGGAACCCAAGCCAGCUCCUUGGGACUAUAACAAAAAGUCCUACAAUUUUCUCCAUUCUUUGUAUGACAAAACAACGAAACGAUUUGAUGAGAACACUAAGGUGAUUGUUGUGGAAGGACCUUGUGCAGCUGGUAAAAGUGCUCUAGCUAAACAAUUGGCCACUGACCUCAACAUGAGCUACUAUCCUGAAGCCAAUCAGGAUAUGGUUUACAUCAAUGACUAUGGUUAUGACACAAGAAAGUUGGAUCCACAGAUCCCUGAGGAUUGCAGGUCUUUUGAUAUCAACAAUUUUUUGAUAAAUCCCAGGCAUCGUCUUACUGCUUGCUUCCAGAUUCUUCAAUAUUCUGUCAAAUAUUCCCAGUAUAUUGAUGCUCUGGCUCACCUCUUGAGCACUGGUCAAGGAGUGGUUCUCGACCGUUCACCAUACUCAGACUUUGUCUUUGUUGAAGCAAUGUACAAAGCUGGGUAUAUGUCGCGCGGUGCGCGCUCAGCAUACUAUGACAUUCGUAAAAAUUCAAUCGUUGAAUUGUUGAGACCACACCUGGUGGUCUACUUGGAUGUACCUGUACCCAAAGUGAUGGAAAACAUCAAAAAGAGGGCGCUUCCCUACGAAUGCAACUCACCGGCGUUGACAAAAGAGUAUUUGCAGUCGAUGGAAGACACCUACAAGCAACAGUAUCUGAGUGAAAUCAGCCGGGACGCAGAAUUGUUGGUGUACGAUUGGUCCAAUGGCGGUGACACCGAUGUCGUCAUCGAGGAUAUCGAACAAAUCGACUUCGACCGAUUUGAUGAACAGGACACGCAGAUGCGGGAUUGGCGUUUACGCCGCGAGGAAGAGUGGUCGAUGGUGCGCAACCAAUAUGCAGACAAAAAGGAAUACUUGAUGUGCCACUUGAAUGUGCCGAGAUUUGAUGUCCCCGAACUAGUCACGGAAGCUGAUGAUAUACUGGCUUACAGGAAUGUACUUGCAGAGACUCCCGGAAUGCGGUACCUUUCGGGAUUCGAUGCAGCUAUGGGCGAUGAGAAUAUUCUUUUCAAGAGUCCAAAACAUCGUGAAACUCUGCCGAAACGCGAACGUCGAACUGAUUUCUCGGGUAUUUAAUUCAACAAAUUUUUGUUAAAGCAAUUAUCAAUGUAAAUUUUAAACCUGUAUCUAAGUUAGUUCAAUAAAAAAAAACAAAUAAUUA